GUAGCACUGGAUGGGGGGGCACCCUGCCCGAGUCUAGGUUCAAGACACUAGUCUGUGUGUGUGUGGUGUGUAUCCAAUCCAGAGAAAAUCACCCGGAGACGGACUGAGACAGUUUUUGACCGUACCAAUGUGUGUGGCCCAUAAAUCUAUUACAUUAGCCCCAGCGAAAUCAUCUCAUGGACACAACACUAUAUCGAAAAUGAGGGAAUAAUCGUAAGUUACAGCGAGGCUCGUUUGUAGCUGGCUAGCUAACGUUUUGUUGAACUGCGAGUGGAAUCACAGCUGCUGGCUACGAAAAUGUCGGGGAAAAUAGAGAGCAAGCAAGACUCGCAGCGGUCUCAUCUGUCCUCCUUCACCAUGAAACUGAUGGACAAGUUCCACUCUCCCAAGAUCAAGAGGACUCCAUCCAAGAAGGGCAAGCAACUACAGCCUGAGCCAGCAGUCAAGAGUACCGAAAAACCUGUCAACAAGAAGGUGAGUCGGCUGGAGGAACAGGAGAAGGAAGUGGUCAGCGCCCUGCGAUACUUCAAGACAAUCGUGGACAAAAUGGUAGUGGAGAAGAAGGUGCUGGAGAUGUUGCCAGGCUCAGCCAGCAAGGUGCUGGAGGCCAUCCUGCCUCUGGUUCAGGGGGAGGCCAGGAUACAGCACAGCUCGGCGCUGUCAUCUUGCCAUAACCGUGUGUACCAGAGUCUGGCCAACCUUAUCCGCUGGUCAGACCAGGUGAUGCUGGAUGGCAUUGACUUGGAGGACAAGGAAAAUGUGGUGGCUGUCACCAAUGUCAUCAAAGCAGUGUUGGACGGAGUAAAGGAAUUGGUGAAACUGACCAUUGAGAAACAGGAGCAGCCGUCACCAACCACCCCUAACAAACCAGCACCACCUGCUACUGUGGCAGAGAGCAGCGCAUCACCAGAGAUGCCCUCAAUAGAUCGGGAACAGGAGGUCUUGAGUAAGGCAGCUCCUGCGGUUGCACCUGCAGAAGCUGCUUCCGAAUUACCCGAUGAAGAUGUAGCCCCUCCCAAACCUCCCCUUCCUGAAGCUAAGAUGGCAGAGCUCAGAGCACAGUUGAGUGCUGACGCUGGCCAAAGGAGACCCUCCCAGAAGGAGAAUCCUCCACCAGCCCUUCCCCCUAAGAAGCGUCAAUCAGCGCCUUCACCUACCCGUGUUGCAGUGGUUGCCCCCAUGAGCCGUGGCUCCAGUUUGCCCUGCAGUGUUCACCGACAGCAGCAGGACUACGAGCAGGAGUUCCUUCAAAGACGUUUCUCUGGAGGGAGCCAGUCAUAUGGGGGCGACUCCCCACGCCUCUCCCCCUGCAGCAGCAUGGGGAAACUCAGCAAGUCUGAUGAACAGCUCUCUUCGCUUGAGCAGGACAGCGGUCAGUGCUCUCGCAACACCAGCUGUGAAACACUUGACAACACAGAGAAUUAUGAUCCAGAUUAUGACUUCCUGCACCAGGACUUGUCAGUUGGCGAUAACCUGCCCCCAGCCCCAGUGGGAGGCUGCCUGAGUCCCUUGCCUGAAUCUCACAGCGAGUCUUCAUCCCCUGUCCCUGGACAGCUUCCCUCACAUCCUCGCUUCAGUGCUCCCCCACCCCAGCAGCCCCCAGAAUACUGGAGCCCCCAGCCCAAUCAAAUCAAUCCCUUAAGCUCAUCCCGUAUAAGUGCACCCCCUGCCUUGCCCCAGAAGAAGCGGCGCAGUACCCAAGUCUCCCCCUUCCCUGAUGGAAGCAGCGGCUCAAGGGUGCUUUAUGAGCGUUACCCCUCCCAAUAUGACAACUUGUCAGAGGAGGAGCUGCACCCAACACCUCCCUUUCCCCUGUUCACGCCCAUCUCACCCAUGCCCCAGACCAACGGGGGCGUGUUUGUUGCCCAGUACAUGGCCAGCGAGAAUGCAGAUGUCCCUGCCAGCCCACCGCCUCUGCCAGAAAAGAAGAGCAAACACAUCCUACAGUACAUGCAGUUUGUAGAAGACUACUCAGAGCCGCAGCCCUCAGUGUUUUACCAGACACCACAGAGCGAGAGCAUCUACGAGCAGCGCAACAAGCGCUUCCAGGAGGUCUACGGUUUCAACGACUCCUUCAGCAGCACUGACUCAGUCCAUGAACCAGUGCUGCCUCCGGCCUUGCCUCCCAAACAAAGGCAGCUGGCCUCCCACUCUUCCUCCCCCUCUUCCUCCUCCUCCUCUUCCCUCUCCUGCCACCUCCAGCCGUCUGUGGCGGCCAUGGAGGAGGCGGGCUCUGGGCUGGGCCUCAGCAUGUCCGUCUCUAACUCCUACCUGAUUGGCCAGGCAUCAUUGACCACACCCACGAGCUUGGACCAGGUUGCCUUGACCAAUGCCACCAUUCUGGAUGGCAGCGGGGGCGGGCCCAACGGUUCCCUGGCUGGCUCAUUGGGCUCUGUGGCUGUCUGUCUUCCUUCUGAGUCUUCUCUCACUGACUCUCUCCACACCUCAGCGAGCGAGAGUGCGAAUGACGAGGGCGGGGAGGGGGAGUACGUCAACCUGUACUCAUCCAGCCAGGCCAAUGGAGAGCUGCCUCUCUCCCUCAGAGAGACGAUCACGUCUGAUGACGUACUUCAAGAUGCCACCCCUCCGGUGCCCUCAUCCAGUAGCAAAGAGGCUUUGGACAAGGAAAGGAGGCAGAAGUCAACGGAGUCGGCUGGGAGCGAUGAGGAGGAGGUGGACGAGCUCUCCCUCAUAGACCACAAGGAGAUUAUGAACAGGAUAACACUAAAACAAGAAAAUGACGAUGGCCCUGACGUUCGUGCUGGAUCCGGAGAUAUUCUGUUAGUCCACGCCACAGAAACAGACCGCAAAGAUCUUGUUUUGUACUGUGAAGCCUUUCUGACUACAUAUAGGACAUUUAUAACCCCAGAGGACCUCAUUAAGAAGCUACACUACAGAUAUACCAGGUUCUGCCACAGUCCAGAUACCUUCAAGAAGCGAGUCAGCAAAAACACGUUCUUUGUGCUGGUCCGCGUGGUGGAUGAGCUGUGCCUGGUGGAGCUGACAGAAGACAUCCUGAAACAGCUGAUGGACCUGGUCUUCAGGCUGGUGUGUAACGGCGAGCUCAGCCUGGCCCGCGUGCUCCGCAAGAACAUCCUGGAUAAGGUGGAGCAGAAGAAGCUGCUGCGCUAUACCAACUCGCUCAAGCCACUUGCUGCCCGCGGAGUCUCUGCCAGGCCUGGAACUCUACAUGACUUCCGCAGUCAUGAGAUCGCCGAUCAGCUCACACUCCUUGACGCAGAGCUUUUCUACAAAAUUGAGAUUCCUGAGGUGCUGCUUUGGGCCAAGGAGCAGAAUGAGGAGAAGAGUCCAAACCUGACUCAGUUCACAGAGCACUUUAACAACAUGAGCUAUUGGGUCCGCUCUUUGAUAAUUCAACAAGAGAAAGCCCAGGACCGAGAGAAGCUGCUUCUCAAGUUUAUCAAGAUCAUGAAGCACUUAAGAAAGUUGAAUAAUUUCAACUCCUACUUGGCAAUACUGUCCGCCUUGGACUCGGCCCCCAUUCGAAGACUGGAGUGGCAGAAACAGACCUCAGAGGGAUUGGAGGAAUAUUGCACAUUGAUUGACAGCUCCUCAUCCUUCAGAGCAUACAGAGCUGCUCUGGCUGAAGUGGAGCCUCCAUGCAUCCCAUACUUGGGUCUCAUUCUCCAGGACCUGACCUUUGUCCACCUGGGGAACCCUGAUCUCAUUGAUGGAAAGGUCAAUUUCUCCAAGCGCUGGCAGCAGUUCAAUAUUCUGGACAGCAUGCGGCGCUUCCAGCAAGUGCAUUACGAGCUGAAGCGCAACGACGACAUCGUGUCCUUCUUCAACGACUUCAGCGACCACCUGGCGGAGGAGGCCCUGUGGGAGCUGUCCCUAAAGAUCAAACCCAGGAACAUCACCAGGCGCAAGACAGACCGCGAGGAGAAGACCUAGGGCCUGCGGGCCUCUGCCCCCCCCACGGCUCAGAGACUGACCUCCAACUGUGCUUCAUGACACUAACUCCACUUUACUACAGACUGAGAAACAGACAGGUAGAAAUGAUCAGCUGGAGCUAAUGGGAGAUUCACUGCGGCAAAAACAGAACAAACUACAGUAGACUGAACAGUGGCUGAGGUUUACAAGGAGCUCUGCUGCUCUGGGAGAUUAUAAUUGGGAUUACAGUGGCUCUUGCGUUUGACAGGGAGAGACUUGGUGACGAUGGUAUGACAGGAGGAAGCCUGGUGCCAAGGAGGAGUGAGGAACCGAUCACACAGAGUGGACAGGGAGACGCUGAGGAAGUAACCCCAAGUCUGCUCCCUGGGCUCUCUGUUUUAGAGUGGAGCUGGUGUGUGUUUGUGUGAGAUUGAGGUGAAUGGUCCAUUACUCCUUGAGAUGCUCCUUCCUCUUCCUUUAUGUAUGUGCCAUUCAUUGGUCAUCUUCUGCAACCCACCUCCCUGACUUCCCCUCGACUGGCAGAAUCUCCUUAAUGGUCCAGAGCAGCCUGCCGUGAACUGUCAUGUCAAAACGCCGGCUGCACUUCUCGAGAGAGAGAGAGAGAGACUGCUGGGGAUGUGAGGGGAUUCAAACUUGAGAGGAUGACCAUUAGGGACUGGAAACCUACGAGUUUGUUUUGAAACAUUUUGUGUAAGAAUCAUGUAUGGUUAUGAAAUGUAUUAUAUACAGUGCUCCUUUUGUUCUUAAAAAGGAUGUUUAUGCUAAUGAGAAGAGCUUAGCUUCUCCCAAGUGCCAUACAUAUGUGCACUAAAAAAAAGCAAGCAAAAACACAAAAAGAGAAUUACUAAAGAUGCUGUGAUCUAUGUAUGUCAUACUGAAUCAUUGUGUGCCAUGUUCAAGUAUAGAGAACCAUCAGGCAAUCAGAAACAUGUCCCAGUCAUGUCAGUGUGAAAGAGUGUUUGUGUGUGACUGAAGUCCUCGGCGACUUGUGUGUUUGUCAUUCCAUAAUGUGCUGUAGUAAAUCAUUUUGAUUCCUCUUUGGGAUAGUCAAAACCAACACAUCACACUGUGCUCUCAAACUCCCAAUAAAACAGCUCUGUUUCUAUAAA